AUGGGCCUCGAGCUCGAGCUGCUGCCCAGCCAGCUACCGCCGCCGAUCCGGACGGUGGCAGCGCCGCCAACGCCGAGGCCGGGCGGCGGCGGCGACGAUAAUGCCGCCGACGUCGACGGCGGGUGCGCCACGCCCAAGUCCGCGGCCAGCGUGCUGCGGGCGCCGUCGGCCUGCCCGCCGGCGCCGAGGAAGCCGAAGCCGGCCAAGAGGAAGCAGCUGCCGACGACGCAUCACCGACGAGGGUGUAGCUGUAGUGAUGGGUCGGCAGCACCGCGCCCCGCGCCCGUGCGGUGGUUCAUCGCCGUGCCGCACGACGUCCUUGCCGCGGUGUUCGUCGCCCAGCCCGCCUCCGCGCCGUGCCCGAUGUCGCCGGCAAGCAAGAAGAUGCGCGUGCACGUCGUGGGCUCAUGA